AUGCAAUACAUCCUGUCUCAAGUAUUCCUCAAGAACAAGCUCUAUUACAAAGAUAGUUUCUCGUUAAUGUUAAAAUUUAUCUCGAAAGUCAAACAUCCAGACAUAAUCAAAGGCUGUGCUACAAGACUAUCCAAAGUUAUAACGAAUCUGAGCGAAGAAGACUGUACAUUGUUUUAUUUACUUAUAAAAGAGAUAUAUGAGAACGGAACAGACGUUUUACCUAUUAUCAAACUCUUAUGGCGAGUCAUAGAAGUCCAAUUCAACGAAAAAAUGAAAGAAAUUUACAUCAAAAAAUUAGAAAUUUUAUUUUACGAUCCAAAUCUUCUCAAUGACAUUGUCAAUUACAUUGUUACACAAGAUUAUCUUCCUCAUUUAUUCUUUGAAGUUCUUCGCUCACAAUUUUUUGAAUCAUUGACAAAUUUCACCAAAACAUCCAUUUUUAACACAUUAUUUCAUAUCGGAGACAUUGAUUUCAUAUUAGAUUAUGUAGAAUACUGCAAUAUUACUAACAUGAAAGAGAUAAUCAUUUCUCAUCUCGAACAAAACGAUAAUUCUUCCUGUUGUUUAUUACUUUUUCCAUAUUUUUAUCCAGAAGGCAUCAAAAAACACUCUGAUCUUAUUCUUUCACGUGUUUCUGAUCCAAAACACCUUUCAAUUCUUUUAGAAUCAUUUAACCUUAAAAGUGUAAAUUUUCAUUUUCAACAGAUCUUUAACAAAUCGAUUGUUUUACAAGUAUUAGAUGUUGUUUCAUCAUUUAAUGGAAAUUCUCUUGAUUCCGUUGUUGAUUUUUGGGAAAAAUUUUUCGAAAAAGAACAAUUUCUUAAAACACAAAAAGAACAAGUCAUUCAAUCAAUUUUAAACAACAAAAAACAAACAAGUAAAUCAAUUAGAUUCAUUCUUAAAUAUUCCAAUGAUUUUUCACUUGACAUUUUAUCAUCAAUUGAAUUAAACAAACAAAUCAUCGAAAUCAUCAUUUUAGAAAGUAAAAAAUCAACAACAGACAUCAUUGAUUUCUUUUUCAAACCGAAAACAUAUGAUAUCAUUUUAUUAAUUCUCCGUGUUUUCGAAGAAUACGACACAACAAACAAAUGCUAUUUUAUUUUCCCAGGAAAUUCUCAAGAAAUCACUUUCGAAUGUGAUUUAAAUCUCAAAAAAUUUUUCAGAAAAAACUGUUUGGAAAAAGAUUUUGAACUUUUUGUUAAUAAUUUUCUUGGCUAUGAAUCUAAAAUAGAACUAAAAUAUGAUAAAACAUAUAAUGUCACUAAAACAGAUUUGGUUUUUGAAAGAAAAGAAAAUUUAAUUUCUAAUUUUGUUUCAUGUAACAAAUAUUCAAAUAUUUUCAUUAGUUAUUUAUCACAGAACAAUGAAUUAUCAAAGGUUUCAUAUAAAAUACUUACAAGAUUAAAGUUACAUUCAUCACAAAGUUACUUAAUUUUGACAUGUAACGAAUACAACAUUUUAUUCCCAGAAGAAAGUAAAUAUCUUUGUAAAUUGAGAUUACAUUGUAUAGGAAUUGUAACAAGUAAUCAAUCAUUAGCUGUUAAAUUUGUUAAUAUCCACAAUUACGACAAUCUUCUGAGAUAUUCCGUUAAAAGCAAAUCAUCACUUGGUUUAUAUCUUUGUUUGAAAUUGUUUGAUAUAUUGGAUGGUUUCAACCAACAAUCAAUUUCUCUUAUUUUCUAUGAAAAAUGUAUUUCUGUUUUAGAUAUUGAAAACAAAAGUGAAGUCAACGAAAACACUUUGAAACUAAUUGAAAAGAUGACUCCUGAGAAAUAUUUUGUUGGUCAUUUUAACACAUUUUUUGUCCUUUGCAUGCAGAAAUCGAAAUAUUUAGAGAUAUUUCUUAAAAUCAUGGAGAAGUCGAAACUUGAAGAUUACAAAGAAAUUGUUUUAGAAAAUUUGAAAAAAUUUGAUUUCAAUUUUUCAUUGUUUUCAUUUUUGGUUUCACAAAAUGAUAUUGAAAUCAAUGAUAUUAUUAUUGACAUUGUUUUAUCUUCAAAACAUGAUGGAACAGAAAAUUUGAAACUUAUUGACAAAAUUCAAAAUUGUUUUAUUUCAAGAAAAUUAUUUAACAAUUUGCUUGAAUUUCAUAUCUUUUCAUUGACAGAAUACAGACAAUUUGAUUCUCUUUCGAAAGGUGUUUUGUUAAAGAUAUUUCAACAAUUUCCUGAAUAUGUUGUUGAAAUGAAAAAAUACUUUGAUUUAAUUUACAAAAAUCAUUCUAAUUUUUGUUGUUUUGAAGAAACAAAUGAAUUUUACAAGAAUUUUCUUUUGUUUUUUAACAAAAUGGUUGAUAUGAUUGAUUUUAUCUUGUGUUCAGACUUUAAUCCAUCAAAUGAAAUUCAAAUUCAAUUAUCAGAUUCAAUCUUUAUUUUGAAAGAAAUAUUUUGUCCAUUUUACACAGGAAAUGAAGAUUUUCAAACAUUGAAAUCAAUUUUGAGUUUCAUUACAACAAUAAGUCAUCGAUUUUCUACAUUAGAUUUCAUUCUUUUGUCGAGCCAAGAUAAAAACAGAUCCAACAAUUUUUUGUUCGAUACAAUCAUUUCUUUGUCAGAAGUCAAUGACAACAGUUUGAACAGUUAUUUCAUCAACCAUGUCAAUUGCAAAGUUUUGUUUAAUUUUCCGGAAUUUUUGUUGAUUUCUAUUCGAAAAAACGAAAAAAUUGUUGAUAAAGUACAUUUACAAGGUGUUGAAUAUGAAUAUGUUAGUAGUUUAUCUCUUAAUGAUUGCACAUUGUUGUUAUACGAAAGCAAAAUCAUCAGAACAAAUGUUUUUCCAGUUCAAAUUUCUAUUUUGUAUGAAAACUAUUCGAAAACGAAAUUUUUACAAAAAUAUUAUGAAAGUUUUUUGAUGAAUGACGAAUUUAAUGACUUCAUUGAACAAAUGUUAGAUAUUAACAAAACAUUUUUAUUUGAUUUUUUCUGUUUUUAUUUAGAACAAAGUGAUUUUAGAUUUUAUGAAAAUAUGAAAUCAAAUUUUCGAUUUAUUGAUUCGAAAAAUAUUUUGGAAUUAGACAAAAUCAACAAAUUCAUGUUAAAUGAUGACUACGAGAUCCGUAAGAGUUAUUCAGAAGUUGUUAAUUUAUUCUUAGAUAACAAUGAAUUUGAUUUCGAACAAUUGAAAAAUCUUUUUAUUGAAAAUUCAUUUUUAUUCCUUGAAAAAGGUGAAAAUUGGGAUUUUUUAUGUGAAAUUUUACUUCGAAACAUUGACAAGAAAAGCAUUGAUUUAUCUAAGAAAGUUUUAUUUCAAGACCUCAAAGAAAUUGAUAAUGAACAAAUAUACGAAAAUGUUGAUUUCGAGACAUUUGUUUUUAUCUUGACAAACGAAGAAAAUCUUGAAGAAUUUACAACAGAAGAAAAUUUGAAAAUUUUGUUUUCACUUCGAAAUGUCAAAAGUUUAACAAAAAUCAUAACAAAAUUUGACAUUGAUAAAUUGAAAACAUUCAUUAAUAACUAUUACGAAAACACAGAUUACUUAGGAACAUUGUAUUUGAGUAUUGUUGAUCAUUUUGAGUUUAUUUUUGAAGUUUGCAAACUAGAGAAUUUUGUUUUUAGCGAUAACACGAAAAUUGUUUCAUUUUUCAAUGAAAUUCGUGUUCAUCCAUCUAUUUCAUCAUCAACGAACCAUUUCAUUGAGAGUUUCCCACAUUUCUGUCUUAAGUUCAUGUUUAAUUCCGAGAAAAAUAUCAGAGAAUCAUUCAGAGAUUUGAUCACAACAAUUGUUAAUUUCUCGAGUAAUUUCGAAGCAAAAACAUUUUUGUUGAAUCUCAUGAAUAUGUUACCAAGUUUAGAACAGAAACUUCAAAUUAUCAACAAAGACGACAACUGUGUUUCUACAGAGUAUUUCUGGUUAUUGACAAAUAUCUGUCGGAAAGGUGAUUUAUAUUAUUUUGUUGAUGAAAACUCAUUGUCAUUUCUUAUGUCCGUUCAAAACAUUUCACGAAUGAAGUUAGAAACAGAACGUCCUCUUUUCGACAUCAUCCAUUUCAUUGCGGAAUGCAACAACGGAGAUUUUUUUAAGUUCAUCGGUUUCAUGUCAAUGACAGAGCACUUACAGAACAUCAAAUCCAAGUUCAUCAUUUUAGAUUUGAUGCGUCUUUGUCCUAAGAACGAAAUUGAUGUUUUCAUGAAUUCUAGUUUUUCGAAAGACAUUUUCAAAAUUUGUUUUUUGUCAGAAUUUGAUGAUUUCAUUUCACAUUUCUUUCUUAUGCACAUUGAUAAUUUAGACAUGAUCCAAGUUUGCCAAGACAUGUGGUCAUGCAGUGAAGAAUGCAUCAAACGCGAAAGUUUUUCAUUUUGUUUCAUUAGUAAGAAGAUUUUAGAAACUAACAUUGAAACAUCCAAUUUUUUCAAAACAAUGAAACUAGAUUUUCUUUUGAUUGAUAGUUUAUGUGUUAGUGAGAAUGAAGAAUACAUCAACAGUGUUGUUGAUUUGUUGAUUGUCUAUUUCAACACAUAUCAUGAUAAGAUGAAUAUCGACAUCAUCACACUUCUUGACAAAUCAACACGAUAUCCAAACAUCAUCAAUCUUCUUAUCAUCAUCAUUUGUCACAUUGACAUUUCUAGUGUCAACAACAUUUUAUCAUAUUUGAUGACACAGUUUGGUCGGUUCAUCAGUGUUGACAGCAACUCAACACUUUCAUUGAUGAAGAAGUGCAUUGAUCUUUGUGAUGACUGUGAAUUGUUGUUGAACAACGCAGUUCUUUGUGUCACAUUCUUGAUUAACAGCGGAAAUGUUUUCGAAGCAGUUUGCAUUGUUGAACUUGUUUGUAGCAAGAAUGUCGACACAUGUGCUAAAGAUGCUAAAACAGUCUUAGCAUCAAUGAUCAACAUCACAUUGUGCUGUAAUACAUCACCAGUUGGCGACAGUGUUUUGAAGAAGAUUCCAUUUCUUUGUCGUCGUAUGCUUGAAGUUCAUCGAUGGUAUGAUAACAUCGGAUAUCAAAUUUCACAGACUAGUGGUAAUGCAGAACUUGAUCUUUACAUCAUCAAACAGUGGCUUCUUUUCAGUGACAAAAUCAGAAGCUACACAGGAAUUCCAUUUCCAAAACUUAAUCUUGAUCAAGAAAAGUUCACAUACAUCAGAUCUCUUCUCCAAAACGAUGAAUCAACUAACAAUAGCAACAACAGCAACAAUAACAAUGACCAUGUUGAUAAUCAGAACUAUGAACAAAUUGCAAUGAUUGUUCUUCUUAAUGAACUAUUUUCUAGAAAUUAA